AUGACGGAGGGCGGCCAGAUUUCCAUGGGAACCACGGCAAACGCGGGCUACCUCCUUCCAGAACAGGGCCGUCGCUGGGUGAGGGGAGACGGCGUGGUCACUACUGUGCGUGGCAAGGAUGGGUUUGCGGACACGGGGGACAUCGGAUUUUUCGACUCGGACAACCGGCUCCACCUAGUUGGACGUGAAAAGGACAUCAUCAAGGUCAAAGGCAAUCAGGUUCCGUGCCAGCUGCUCGAGGCCAUCGCGCUCCAGUGUCCGGGAGUCCGAGAGGUUGCAGUUGUGGGCAAACCAGAGCGAACCUACGGUCACGUUCCCGUGGCAUUUGUCGACAUGGAUCCACCCAGGGAUGCCAACGCCAUCUUUGCCUUCGUCGGGAAGCUUGCACCAGAGUGGUACAUGCGGAUUCAAAGACGUCAUCUUCGUCCCCGAGCUGCCAAGGACGCCCAUCACUGCCAAAGUCAACAAAAAGGCGCUUGCAGCGAUGUUCUCUACCUAGUGCGAGCCCUUUGCUCGUCUCGGUUCUAG